UUGAUUGAUUGAUUGAUAUUGAUAUUGUAUAUAUAGGUAAAUACAUGAUGAAAGCAUCCUUCAUUCCUUCCCAUACAAGACAAGUGUGCUAAUGGAAAUUAUCCACACAAAUGGGGAGCAUAUCCACUAUGAAAGUAAAGCGAAACGAAGACUACUAGUCUAAUACUACUACCCAAUAAAGCAGAAAUUGACUGCUGCUCUGCGCGUGAUAUUCACCGGGUCGACAGGCGCGUGAGGAAACCAUAUCCUCCGAUCACUAUAUCCUGUCCAUCUAAGAAACAAACAAAAACACAGAAGCAAAACCAGAAACCCUUAAUUAUCAACACUCCCCGUCUCCCCAAUUCCAUCGCCAGAAACAACGAACAGAAACAAAUCUUCAUCUCAUCCCGAAUAGUCACAACGAAACCCAGCUCGAUUCGAUCACUGUUUUCAUAAAAAAAUGAGGAACCCAUCUUCGACCUCAUCUUCCUCCAAAGGAAAAUCAUCAUCAUCAGCAGCAGCAGCAGCAGCUGCACCCAAAUCAGCAGCAGUAUCGUCUUCCUCGAGCAAGACGCCGUGCUGCGUCAAGGUGGGUCUGAAGAGAGGUCCCUGGACUCCCGAGGAAGAUGAGCUCUUAGCUAAUUACAUCAAGAAAGAAGGCGAGGGCCGAUGGCGAACCCUCCCGAAGCGUGCCGGCCUCCUCCGCUGCGGCAAGAGCUGCCGUCUCCGCUGGAUGAACUACCUCCGACCUUCCGUCAAGCGGGGCCAGAUCGCCUCCGAUGAAGAAGAUCUCAUCCUCCGCCUCCACCGCCUCCUCGGCAAUAGAUGGUCUCUGAUAGCUGGGAGGAUUCCGGGGCGUACGGACAAUGAGAUAAAGAACUACUGGAACACUCACCUGAGCAAGAAGCUGAUCAGUCAGGGCAUAGAUCCAAGAACCCACAAGCCACUCAAUCCAGAUACCUCUUCUGCUGACCAUGCUGCUGUCAACAAUAAUGGAGCAGCUGCUUCUUCAUCCAAGACCAAUCAGCAUCGCGGCGGCACGAGCUCAAACCCUAGCCCUAAAAGUCCAAUUACUUCUUCAUCAGCUGAGGAAGCAGCUCCCAGUGCUAGGGAAAAUGGGUACCAUGUUACCAAUGAUGAUGAUCUGGGGGCUAUAGUCCACGGAGCCAACGGCUACGGUAAUGUUAUGACCUCCAAUGACUCUAAUGGGUCUGCAGCAGGAAUGGGAGCUUUGAGAAGCAACCUACUAAUUGGAAAUGAGGAGGAUGAAGACAUGAACUGUUGCACCGACGACGUCUUCUCUUCGUUUCUGAACUCUCUGAUCAAUGAGGAUCCGUUUGCUGCUGCUGCAGCAGGCCAGCACCAUUCGCAGCCAUUACAAGGAAUGCAACAUCCUAAUGGGAUUGCACCACCUGCUGAUUCUUCUGCUCAGGCUUUCGGUGGCUGGGAAUCUGCGGUGCUCAUGUCUUCCGCUUUCAUCCAGAAUGAUUCUCACAGGGUUAAUGUCGAUCAAACACAAUAGUGAUCUACCAGUACCUGUUCGCAAAGCUGCAUAUUAUCAAAAAGCAGUUGUUGCUUAAUUAGUUGAUUUAUGGAAAGGCUAGGGUUGAUUUGAAUUCAUAUUAUUGUUUGUGUAUUUGUAAUCUGGAUUUGUUCAUCCACCACUUGAUCAUUGUAUAUGAUCAUUUUAUCAUGUAUGUUGUUCCGUUUGUUACUAGUAUUGUAAACAAACUUAAGAUUUCGAUGUUUGUAUUGAAAUAGAGUGUGCUUAUGUA